GGUCAGCCAAUUCUAGGUGGUGUUGGGUCAGCGCAUGGAGGAGGGAUCAGCGUGAUUCUGUUCUGUCGUAGAACUUGACUUUACAGACCGCUGUAAAUAUGGGGAAAAAGGACAAAAAGAAGGGCAAGGGCGCGGAAAAGACUAUCGCAAAGACAGAGAAGAAAGCAGCACAGAAAUUGAAGAAGGAAUUGGCCGCGAAGGGCGAGGAUGACAUUGAAAAGCUCAUCGCACAGUUUGUCGAAGAAGAUCGCAAAAGACUAGCAGUUACCGAAGAGCUCGUAGGGCCUCCCUCUUGUAGGAGCGGGGCUACAUUGUGUGUGCAUCCUGAAAAAGACCAGCUUUUGCUGUUUGGUGGGGAGUACUUCAAUGGCCAAAAGACAUUUAUGUACAAUGACCUCUUCUUGUACAACAUUAAGAAGGACAACUGGCUUCUUGUAAAGUGUCCCAACUUGCCGCCUCCACGAUGUGCUCACCAGGCUGUGAUGGUGCCACAAGGAGGGGGCCAGAUGUGGAUCUUUGGGGGAGAGUUCGCCAGCCCAACCAAGUCGCAGUUUUAUCACUACAAGGACCUGUGGGUCUACCAUAUUGCCAGCCGGAGCUGGGAGCAGGUGCGUGCAUCGGGAGGACCCAGCGCACGCAGUGGUCAUCGCAUGGUGCAAGUGGGCCGUCAGCUGCUGCUCUUCGGUGGCUUUCAUGAGAGCACCAGGGAACUCACACGUUUUGGCUUUUGUGCUGGCAGAGACUACCGUUACUUUAACGAUGUGUACCUCUUCAACUUGGAUCUACGAACGUGGACCAAAGUGGAGUGCAGCAACUCUCGGCCUUCACCACGUUCUGGCUGCCAGCUGUUGCCAGUGGCUGAAGGCAAAGUCCUUCUUUAUGGCGGUUACUCACGUGAAAGGAUCAGAAAGGAGUUUGACCAGGGAAAGGCACACACUGACAUGUUCCUUCUUCAGGCUGACACACACAGCUCAGACAAAUGGAAGUGGUCCACAGUGAAGCAGUCAGGAUGCCGACCGGGUCCUCGGAGUGGCAUGUCAGUAGCUGGCCAACAAGGCAACCGGGCCUACUUUUUUGGGGGUGUCCAGGACCAGGAGGAAGAAGACGCCUUGGUGGGCCACUUCUUCAAUGAUCUACUUUGCCUUGACAUGGACAGGGGAUUCUGGCGGUCAGUCACUUUGAAUGUCGCUGGUGACAAGGACGUUGCACAGUUGGGCGAUGGCAGUUCUCAAGAGCAGGGACCACAUGAAGAUUUGCACAAGCUCCACAUAGAAGAGCCUGUUGUGACAUCAGAUGAUGGUGUCUUCACAGUUACAAUUGGUGCCUCAAAGGACAAAGCACCAGCUGAGGCUUUGUGCCAAGAGGCAACAACUUCAGGGGAACCUAAGGAUGUCUUUGUACCUGUCCCUCGUAUGGGAAGCUGCAUGGCCAUCAAGCACGGGAUCCUCUACUUGUACGGAGGGAUGUUUGAAGACGAGGACCGGCAGUUUACACUUUCCGAUAUGUAUGCACUAGACCUGCGCAAGUUGGAUAAGUGGAGAGUGCUUGUACCAUUGGAUCCACAAGCUCAUGAAUGGCUUGGGUCUGAUGACUCAGAUGCCGACUCUGAAGAGAUGGAGGUAGAUGAAGAGGAUGAAGACGAAGACAGCGAGGAAGGUGCAUGUGCUCCACCUGACACAAAAAAAUAAUAUUUUUGGAUUUUAUGUCAGCUACAUAUAAAUGAGUUGCUCCAGUGUGA